UCACCGUCUGCCUUUGAGUAAUCUGUGUUGUGGAUCAUGUAUCAGGUUGUGUAUGGACUGAUGACAGGACUGUCAGUUGAAGAGCAGCUGUAACACACCUGUGUCAGCAGAGGGCAGUGUUACUAACAGACCGUCUGACUGCAGCUCACGGUCUGUUCUUCUCUCAGACGUUAAUCUCUGACACAACUCUUCCAUCCAAGAGAUGACGUUCAAACCCUGUCCCACCACCGUGAGCCCACCGCCGCCCUCUUCUUCGGUGGUGGACUUGUCACUACAGAAGAUGCUCCUUCUUCUUCUUCUGAUCCUCCCAUUGCCCAACCUUGUGAUGACAUCAUCACCAUUUACUGUCGCUCGCUGGCACCAUGGCAACAGAUUCUCCGCCAAUAACAUCUGUCAACGCUCAGAGACACUGGACGGAGGACUGACGGUUCGCUGUAGUGGACUGAGACUGACACAGGUGCCUGUCGGCCUCUCUAACCUCACCAUUCGUCUGUUUCUGGAUAAAAACCUCCUCAGUUCUCUGCCGGCUGACUCCUUUUCUCAUCUGUUCCUGCUCGAUGAGCUCGACCUUUCACACAACCAGCUCUCUUCUCUUGAAGCCGGUUGUUUCUGUGGUUUGGUGUCCUCUCUUCGUUUCCUGGACCUCUCAUCCAAUCAGCUGUCUGCACUGGACCCUGCGGCGCUCGGUGGACUGCGAGCUCGCGCCAACCUGACACACAACCCCUGGCACUGUGACUGUGUGAUGCAACUGUCGGUGCCUCAGUUGGACCUGGACCCGUCCUCUCUGACUGAAGUCACCUGUCAAACCUCUGACCUCCCAAACCUUGGAGCUGUCGGGAUUCCACUGGUCUUACUGGUGGAGGACUGGGAUCUGUGUCUGUCUGUGAGGAGAACCACUGACGUGGUGAUGCUGGUUACCAUGUUCCUCUGGUUCUCCGUGGUCAUCUCUUACCUGGUCUACUAUGUCCGACAGAACCAGGGGGAAGCCCGAAGACACAUGGAGUACAUCAAAUCCCUGCAGAGCCGCCAGGUGUAGAGGACGGAGUGUCACCUGG